GUCCCCCGGGACCGGCCGCCUGUCCGCCGAGGCCCGGGAGGAGCUGCGGCGCCGCCUGCUGAGCCUCAUCGCCGAGAACCGGGUGAUGAUCUUCAGCAAGAGUUACUGCCCCUACUGCACGCGGAACCUCCCUUAGAAGCAGUUGUAGACGUGCACCGUCUGUUGCAAAUCCUGCCAGAGUUGGAGCUCUCUGAUCUUAAAGCCCGAGCAAAAUCUCUGGAGACCUCACUCCAGAGCUGAGGGUGAAAGAACUCUUUGCUUCUUUGGGAGUCGAAUAUAAUGUGAUGGAACUUGAUCAGACGGACGAUGGGGCCAAUAUUCAAGACGUGCUACUAGAGAUCACUAAUCAGAAGACGGUGCCCAAUGUCUUUGUGAAUAAAGUGCAUAUGGGUGGAUGUGACCGAACAUUCCAGGCACACCACAGCGGCCUGCUACAGCAGCUCCUCCAGGAAGGGUCGGGCUUUGAUGGCUUUGAUUACGACCUCAUUGUGCUCGGUGGUGGUUCCGGUGGCCUCUCGUGUGCUCAGGAAGCUGCCAUUCUGGGGAAGAAAGUGAUGGUCCUGGAUUUUGUGGUCCCCUCACCUCUGGGCACGUCCUGGGGUCUUGGUGGCACCUGUGUCAAUGUCGGCUGCGUCCCCAAGAAACUGAUGCAUCAGGCAGCCCUGCUGGGACAGGCGCUGGCCGACUCAAGGAAGUUCGGCUGGGAGUACAGUCAGCAAGUGACGCACAACUGGGAGACCAUGAGAGAAGCCAUCCAGGACCACAUAGGCUCUCUGAACUGGGCCUACAAGCUGUCUCUGAGGGAAAAGGGCGUGGCCUAUGUCAACGCCUAUGGGGAGUUUGUCGACCACCAUAAAGUAAAGGCAACCAAUAGAAAAGGACAGGAAUCCUAUUACACUGCUGCGAACUUUGUCAUAGCGACUGGUGAACGACCACGCUACUUAGGAAUCCAGGGAGAUAAGGAAUACUGUAUUACCAGCGAUGACCUUUUUUCUCUGCCUUACUGCCCUGGCAAGACACUGGUCGUGGGCGCCUCCUACGUGGCCCUGGAGUGUGCGGGGUUCCUGGCUGGCCUCGGCCUAGACGUCACGGUCAUGGUACGCUCUGUCCUGCUUCGAGGCUUUGACCAGGAGAUGGCCGAGAAAGUGGGCGCCUACAUGGAACAGCACCGGGUCAAGUUCUUAAGGAAAUUUGUGCCUGUGGCGAUUCAGCAGUUGGAGAAGGGUUUGCCUGGGAAGCUGAAAGUGGUAGCUAAAUCCACGGAAGGUCCGGAAACCAUUGAAGAAGUCUGUAACACAGUUCUGUUAGCAAUUGGUCGGGACUCCUGUACAAAGAAAAUCGGGUUGGAGAAGAUUGGUGUCAAAACGGAUGAGAAGAGCGGCAAGAUCCCAGUAGAUGACAUGGAGCAGACCAAUGUGUCUCACGUCUAUGCUAUUGGCGAUGUCCUGGAAGGGAAGCUCGAACUCACCCCUGUCGCUAUCCAGGCGGGCAAGCUGCUGGCGCGAAGGCUUUUUGGGGGUAGUUCAGAAAAGUGUGAUUACAUCAAUGUCCCAACCACGGUCUUCACUCCUCUGGAAUAUGGCUGCUGUGGGUUAUCUGAAGAGAAAGCUAUUGAAAUGUUUAAAAAAGAGAACCUGGAGGUGUAUCAUACUUUCUUUUGGCCUCUUGAAUGGACAGUAGCUGGCCGGGACCACAACACCUGCUAUGCAAAGAUCAUCUGCAAUAAAUUUGAUAAUGAUCGGGUGAUAGGAUUCCACAUUCUGGGACCCAACGCAGGCGAGGUCACCCAGGGAUUUGCAGUUGCCAUGAAGUGUGGGCUCACCAAGCAGCAACUGGACGGCACCAUUGGCAUCCAUCCCACGUGUGGUGAGGUCUUCACAAGUUUGGAGAUCACGAAGUCAUCAGGGCUGGAAAUCACCCAGAAAGGCUGCUGAGGGUAGGCCCGCUGCCAUCACCUCUCCCUUGUCGCCUCCUCGUUCCUUCCAAAGACAAGCUUAGUCUCUGACUUCGCGGGAGCCACUGAGGCUGCUCUUCACCCAGAGGUGGGAAAGCAGACAAGGAGACAGGAUGGCAGCGGGCAUCCGCCCAGUGUCGCUGAUGGGCAGAGGCAGCGUGCUGCCUCCUUGACGCCCUGACUCGGAGCCCCGGCGUGGGGUGAGCCACGGCUGACGCCCUGCCCUGUCAGCACCAAGCUGCCCUGGGAAAGACUCCAGGGUCACACAAUGAACCCACUUUCACUUA